UAAGCGAGAGAGAGCUUCACAUCUUCUGUGAUGCUUCGGAGCUGGCCUACGGAGCGGUAGCGUACCUCAGGAUGGUCGACAGCGACGGCGCACCACACCUGGCCUUCGUCAUGGCUCGAUCCAGAGUGGCCCCCAGACGUUUACAGUCCAUGCCGAGGUUGGAGCUGUGUGGUGCCCUCACCGGAGCUCAGCUCUCCAAACUGCUGAGCGAUGAGCUCACCCUGGACAUCAAGCAAACCAUGAUGUGGACGGACUCCACAACCGUGCUGGCAUGGUUGAGAUCGGAAUCCUGCCGAUUUAAAGUCUUCGUCGGCACCCGUGUUGCUGAAAUUCAAGAUCUCACUCAGCAGCAUACAUGGCGGUACGUCGACUCUGCCCAGAAUCCUGCCGACGAUAUUACUCGCGGCAAGAGACUGCAGGACCUAGCCCAACCCAACCGAUGGAGUCAAGGCCCUCCUUUCCUCCUCCUACCUCGUGACCAGUGGCCAGAGGAGCCUCCAGGCGCCUUGGGAGAUCCUCCAGACCCUGCAGAACUUCGCAGAGAGACCUUCUGUGGUGCCACCUCCACAGCUAUGCGUCAAGCCGACUCAGAACUGAACCAGUACAACACCUGGAGGGAGCUGCUGCAGGCCACAGCCCUGGAGCUUCAUGGGGCGGCUGCUGAGGAUGGAUGCGCUAGUGCAGAGGAUUACCGCCAUGCAGAGACUCACCUUCUCCGAAGGGUCCAGCAAGACUGCUUCCCCGACGAGCUUCGUCUUCUUAAAGCGAAGAAACCAGUCCUACGGAGCAGCCGUCUCUGUAACCUCUCUCCGGAGCUCGACGAAAGCAGCGACCUCAUCAGAGUUGGUGGUCGACUCCGCCGGUCAGAGGACCUGGACUACACCAGUCUACACCCAGUGGUGUUAGACCCCUCACAUCCAGUGACCCGCCUGCUUAUUCAGGACUUCGAUAGUCGCUUGAAACACCCCGGGCCAGAGCGCGUCUUUGCAGAGAUCCGACGCUCCUACUGGAUUUUGCGAGGCCGAGAGGCAGUACGUCGCUUCCAGAAAACGUGUACCGACUGCUGCCGCUGGAAGGCGAAGCCUACUGUACCUCAAAUGGCUGAUCUGCCCUUAGCCCGCCUACGCCUGUUUAAACCUGCCUUCCACUCGACAGGCGUAGACUGCUUCGGGCCGUUGGAAGUCAAGGUGGGAAGGCGUCUGGAGAAGAGGUGGGGGAUCAUAUUCAAAUGUCUAACCGUCAGAGCGGUUUCCCUGGACCUACUUAACUCCAUCGAUGCCGACUCCUUUCUCAUGGCCCUAAGAAGGUUUAUUGCCCGUAGAGGGACUCCUGCUGAGCUCUAUUCAGACCAGGGGACCAAUUUCAAAGCCGGUGACAAAGAGCUACGAGAGGCAUUCGCAGCCAUGUCACCUGAUCUCCAGUCCCUCCUGGCACCCUACAGAAUCAACUUCCACUUCAACCCUCCCGCUGCUCCACACUUCGGAGGAGUGUGGGAGCGAGAGAUUCGCUCAGUGAAGAGUGCCUUGUACACCACUGUAGGCGCUCAACCCCUUCAGGAGGAGGUCCUUCGCACUGUCCUCAUUGAAGUGGAGGCGAUCCUGAACUCCAAACCGUUGGGGUACGUUCCCUCCGACGUCAGUGACCCAGACCCGGUCACUCCCAACUGCCUGCUGAUGGGGCGGCCCGACGGGUCCCUCCCGCAAGUAGUCUACCCCAGAGACGAGCUCCUCAGCCAGCGGAGGUGGAAGCACGCUCAGGUGCUGACAGACCACUUCUGGGCUCGCUUCAUCAGACUGUACUUACCUGGGCUGCAGCUCAGACAGAAGUGGCAGUCUUCCUCGGCCGACGUCACAGAAGGCUCUGUGGCAAUGAUCGUGGACCCCCAGCUCCCUAGGGCCAUGUGGCCUAUUGGGCGCAUCGUCAAGAUCCACUCCAGCCCUGAUGGUCACAUCCGGUCCGCGGAUGUGAAGGUCAGAGACCGCACCUACACCCGACCUGUCGCCCGGCUGGUGAUUCUGCCAGCCCUUCCAGUCGGGGAAGAGAGUCGUCCCACUUGAGGAGCCUUUUCUUUGUUGCAAAUGUACCACGUACAUUUGGGGGCGGCUGUAGAAAAGACUAUGGACUUUUAGUUUGAUAAAUAGUUUUCCCUGGUUAGUUAAUGCAUUUUCUGAGUUUAGCCUAAUGACUCUUAUUUUGAUAUCGCUAGUUUCAGGAUAUGACAUCACGCUUUCCUCCAUCUUUGUGUAGUUCAGAUGCCAUGAUUCAGUUAUACCUGACUUCAGAAAGUUUCCCCCUUUCAUCUGAAUUAAUCCUUGUGUUUGUGUGCAUAAAUGACCAACGAUCACGCGAACACAUAAACGCAGAUCCAAACCUAUGUAUUGUAAAUACUGCAGUUCAAUAGAAGAAGUCAACUUUACUCAAACCGCCUUGCGUCAUCCUUUCCAACCAAACCCCCCAUUCAACAUCUUCAGGCCUUAAGUAGUGCUCUGGCCGGCACUCCUUGAUUGUGUUCGAUGAAAACUGAACGGUGCAACCUAAUAGUCUUAAUAUACAGUCCAACCACCUGCUAU